UUAUGGAAUAGCCUCAAUGUCAAAGGUCGUGCACGCCAGGACCAAUGUGAAGACCGGCUGAGCACUCCGGAGCGCACAAAAGUCGUCUGAAUUUUGGUUUCCACCUCAAUUUUAUCACGACAAGAGACAUUUGUGGACUUUUCCCACCAUUUCAGACUCGUAACCUUCUACUCCAGGCCUUGCCAGACCUUUUCUGAGAGGAAAUUGGAGAGAAAUCGGCUUUUUCUUCAGGGUGUGGCUGAAACUCUUGGGCCGGUACGAUAUCGAGUACACCAACAUUCCAGAGCGGCGGCCGCGACAGACAGAAUUGAAGUGACAACAUAGCGCCCGCUGACAGUUGAGGAUGGACCACGUGGAAGGGGCCCUGAGUGCUCGUGAUCGGGUCGGCGUACUUGACUUCGUGCUGCUGGAGAACUAUCGCAGCGAGGACGCCUUCAUCGAAAACCUGCGCAAGAGGUUCCAACACAACCUCAUAUAUACAUAUAUUGGCCCUGUGGUGGUGUCUGUAAACCCCUACAGGGACCUCAAACUGUACACCCCAGAGCAGAUGCAGAUAUACAGGGGAGUCAACUUCUAUGAAGCGCCACCUCACAUCUUUGCCACUGCAGAUAAUGCCUACCGCAGCAUGCGAGGAGAGGCUAGAGACCAGUGUGUACUCAUCUCAGGGGAAAGCGGGGCAGGUAAAACAGAGGCAUCCAAGAAAAUGUUGCAGUAUCUGGCAGUGUGCAGUACCCACAGCCACGAUGUGGACAGAAUAAAGGACAGACUGAUCCUGUCUAACCCUGUACUUGAGGCUUUUGGGAAUGCCAAGACCAUCCGUAAUGACAACUCCAGUAGGUUUGGCAAGUACAUGGACGUACAAUUUGACUACAAGGGAGCUCCAGUAGGUGGCCACAUCCUGAACUACCUGUUAGAGAAGUCCCGUGUGGUUCAGCAGGCAGAGGGGGAGAGGAGCUUCCACAUCUUCUACCAGCUCCUGGCCGGGGCAGACCAGGACUUGUUAGACACCUUCUUCUUAGAGAGAAGACCAGACAGCUAUGCUUACCUCAGCAAGGGUAACUGCACCAGAGUUUCAUCCAUAGACGACAAAGCUGACUUCAAAACUGUGUACAAUGCACUAAAAGUCAUCGACUUCACACAAGAGGAAAUAGAGGAGUUGCUGUCUAUUGUGGCCAGUAUUAUACACCUUGGAGACGUGGUCUUCACAUCCGAUGGAGACAGGGCCGGUAUCAUAGACGCCAUGCCAGUCAACAGAGUGGCCAGGCUGCUACAGUGUCCUGAAGAGAUCCUGGAAAAGGCACUAACUCACAGGACCAUCGUAGCCAAGGGAGAAAAGCUGUUGUCUCCUCUGAAUGAAGACCAGGCUGCCUAUGCCCGGGAUGCCCUCUCCAAGGCUGUGUAUGACAGGAUGUUCACCUGGCUGGUCCAGAAGAUCAACACCUCAUUGGCUAACAAGGAACAAUACAGGAAACAUGUGAUAGGCCUCCUGGACAUAUAUGGGUUUGAGGUUUUCCAGAAAAAUAGUUUUGAGCAGUUCUGCAUCAACUUCUGCAAUGAGAAACUUCAGCAGCUGUUCAUCGAGCUGACCCUGAAGUCAGAACAGGAGGAGUACCUGAGUGAGGGGAUAGAGUGGGAACCUAUAGCCUACUUCAACAAUAAGAUCAUCUGUGACCUGGUGGAGGAGAGGCACAGAGGCAUCAUUUCUAUUCUGGAUGAGGAGUGCCUGUUGCCAGGCGACCCCACAGAUCUGACGUUCCUGGCCAAGCUGGAGAACGCCGUGGGAGAACAUCCACACUUCGUCAGUCACAGGACUGGAGAUGUGCAGACGAGGAAGACAUUGGACAGAGAUGAGUUCAGAUUGAGGCACUACGCAGGAGAUGUGACCUACAGUGUCACCGGCUUCCUGGAUAAAAACAACGACCUUCUGUACAGGGACCUCAAAGAGGCCAUGUGUGAGAGUAAGAACCAAGUGACUUCUUCCUGCUUCCCCAAGUCUGAGCUGGAUGAUAAGAAGAGACCUGUCACUACUGCGACCCAGUUCAAAACCAGUCUGAACCAGCUGAUGGCCAUCUUGAUGAAGGAGGAACCGUCCUACGUCCGCUGUAUCAAGCCUAAUGACAACAAGAUGCCAGGUGUGUUUGAUCCGAUCCUGAUCCGUCACCAGGUGAAGUACCUGGGUCUGAUGGAGAACCUGAGAGUGAGGCGGGCAGGAUUCGCCUACAGGAGACCUUAUGAGGCUUUCCUCAACAGGUACAAGUGUUUGUGCAAGGACACGUGGCCCAACUACUACGGAAAACCAAAGGAUGGGGUAGAACUGCUGUGCCAGUCCAUGGAGUACAGACAUGAUGAGUACAGGCUGGGAAAUACCAAGAUCUUUAUCCGGCUCCCCAAGACUCUGUUUGCCACUGAGGAUGCCUUCCAGCUGAAGAAGCAUGACCUGGCCACUACCAUUCAGGCAACAUACAAGGGCCAUGCACAGUACAAGAAGUACAAGAGGAUGCAAUGGGCAGUGACGAUGAUUGCUGCUCACUGGAAGAGAGUGGCAGCCAAGAGGCUACUGGAAAGGAGAAGGAAUGCUGCACAGGUUCUGCGCAGGUACAUCAAUGGGUUCAUCACAAGAAACCAGCCUCCCAACGGUGAUAACGAGAUGUUCAUCAACCACUGUCGGGUCACCUUCCUGCACAAGCUCAGAGACUCCCUGCCCAAGUCUAUCCUGGACAAGUCCUGGCCAACUGCACCACCCAACCUCAGGGAGACAUCAGCAUUGUUGAAGGACAUGUUCCACAAUAACCAGGUGAGGCGGUACUGUCUGAACAUGUCUCCACAGAAGAAGAUGCAGAUGCAAGAGAAGCUCACAGCCAGUGAGAUUUUUAAAGGGAAGAAGUCGAGUUACCCAGAGAGUGUGGCACAGCCUUUCAAGAGCAACAGACUAACCCCACAACACGAAGCACUGAAGUCCAAGGUGUUUGACAAGAAGUAUCUGAGUCAGGAAGAGAGACCAAAGUACAUGUCUCCAGUCACCAAGUAUGAUCGCCAUGGUUACAAGACCCGCCCCCGUGUGCUGAUCGCCACCAACCUGGCCGUGUACAUCCUGGAUGAGCAGGACUUCAAACUCAAGGACAAGAUUCUGUAUGAGAACCUCACAGGCAUAUCUGUGAGUGAGCUGGCAGAUGGAAUAUUUGUGAUCCAUGCAGAAUGCACAGACAAGAAGGAAAAGGGUGAUGUGAUCCUCCUGAGUGAUCAGGUGAUCGAGGCGACCACCAAGAUCGCCCUGGCGGCCGGCAAGAUCAACUCCAUCCAGGUCGUCAAGCCCGGCGGGCUGGCCUACACCAUGUCUGGAGGAAAGGAGGGUCUGAUUGAGUUUUCAUUGGGAGCAGAGACUCGAGUGGAGAAGGGGAAGAAAGGACAGCUAGUCGUGUCUGCAUGUGAUGGAAAUUGAGCAUGAGAAAUAUCU